AUUUAUGGCGAUGUUAUCGUUGGGGUAAUAAUGAAGAUUCGAAUAAAUUCAAUUAUAAAUGGGAUCAUCCAGAGUUUGCAAUUGUUGCUGGCAAGGAAGGUUUUGAUUUUACUGCUGCUCAAGGUUUAAGAAUUCAUUUUGUUGAUCAUAAAAAUGCACUUUGUGUGAAAAGUAAAUAUCCAUAUAACGAAAAUUGUGAUAUGUGUUGGACGGCAGAAAAAGCAUAUUUAAAAUUUUUACGUAUUAUACAUAAAAAUGAUAUGAUAUUUGAAAAUUUUCAACCUUUUUUUGAACAAGAAAUCUGGAAUGAAUUGGUUAUGGUUAAUAAUGAACUUUACAAAUGA